AUGGAUGUGGAGUCUUUGAUAUCAGCCGUGUUUCGAAAACCUGCAAUUUGGGACAAAAGAAGGAAAGACCACGCAAACCGCAACGUUGUGAAUCGUGCUUGGAAAGAAAUUAGGGAAGAGCUGAAACAUGAUGAAACUGCACUGACGAACAAAUGGAAGUCCCUGCGAGACUACUUUGCGACAGAAUACAAUAAAAGGUCUGUGCCAAGAUCAGGAGACGCUGCAAGCAAUCGUCCACAAUCAAAGUGGCAGUUUUUCAAUCAGCUUCUCUUUUUGAAAGAUAUUGUUGCGCCAAGAACUUCAUUCGACUCCCUAGAUCUGGAUAUCUUUGAAGGUAAUCAACCAAGCCCGGGGAUUGCGGAUGAGUCUGCAACAGAAGUAUCCACCCAGGGCAGCAAUGUGGAAAGUCAAGGACCGGACACAUUUGACAAUCCUACAGCCUUUGAAGCACCAGAGCCUGGGCCGUUCCAGGAGUUUUCUCCGGGGCCUCCGUCGAGUAAACGUACAAACACAAGAGCAGGACCCCCCAAAAAACGCAGUCGAGACAGCUCGGACAGUUACAGGGAACUGAUAGAUAUAGAAGAAAGAAAACUUCAAUACUUAAGUCAAAAAAGAGAAAAUGCCGAGCAAACAAAUGAUGCUGACUUCCAAUUCCUCAAAUCAUUGUACCCAUACAUGAAAAUGGUCCCUGAGCACCUGAAACUCUGCGUUCGCAAUCGAAUACAGUCAGUUCUGCAAGAGUUUGUAUACCCACCAACAGUACAACAACGUUUACAAAGUCAACCUCAAGAUCUGGAUGUACGAUUGGGAGAUAGCACAUCGCCCGCAUUGUCUUACCAAAGCUAUAGCACAGGUUCAACACCUGAUAGCAUUGAUUCCUACACCACUCAGCGAGAUUCUCAUCAUUUCCAGUACUAA